AUGAUAACUAGACCAGAUUUAUCAUCAAAUAACAAUGGCGAUAAUAAUGACUUAUCUGAAACAAAAAAUAAUGAAAAUCAGACAAAUGAUUGUUCAAAUUCAUCCUCUGAAACUGUAGAAAGAAGAAGUGGACCAGAAGGAGAAGAAGUUAAUCAUUCAAAUGAAAAUUCCCAAAAUAAUCAAAAUAGUGUAGUUGAAAGUAAUGGCAAUAUUUUUAAUCUUCAGACAGAUUCUAUACAAGAACCAUUACCAUCUGUUCAGGCGACGGUACAAACAUCAACUUCGGAUUUGAUUAAUAAUCAUAAUUAUAAUCAACAUCAAUAUCAACAUCAACAACACAAUAUAAUAUAUGGAUCACGAAUUCCUGAUUUUGAAUGUCAAAUUAAUCCAUAUUUACCAUUUCAUCGACAUGAUUCUAGGUACAUUUUGGAAUUACCUAACUCCAUGGGAUUUAGAUGUCGAAUUUGUAAUCAAAUUUUUGAUUCUAUGUAUCAACGUAUUUCAAAUAAUAUAAAUCCGCCUGGAAAUAAUAAUAACUUUCAAGGACGAAGUAACAACAUAAAUCAUAUUCACAAUAUUAACAACGAUCCAAAUGGAGUUCCAAAUUCUUUACAUUUUAUGGCAUCCCAGCAACAAAAUAACUUAGUCAAUAGAACAUAUCAAAAUAAUUGUUUUCAUCAAGUAAGAAAUAUUAAUCUUGAUAGAAGAAGAUUUGUUAAUAUCCAUUCAUCUGAAAAUCCUAUCCGUGAACAAUAUCAAAAUAUUGGAAAUAAUAAUAUUCCUAUUAAUAGAAUUAGACCUCUUAAUAAUAACUCACCUACUUAUAACAAUUUACCUACAAAUUCUGGCCAUCCUAAUUAUAAUGUUCCACAAUCCGGACCAGUAAGAAAUAAUAGAAACAGAAUUAUUUUUAAUCGGAGAGUCAGACGUGAUGAAGAUAGUAUAUUUCGUAGAACUAUUAGAAGAAAUGAUAUCGAUAUUAAUAUUUCAAGAAUAUUUAAUGAACACAGAUCUGAAAUGAAUGAACAUGUAGUACAGGUUUUUGAAAGUAUUAUCAACUAUAUUCAUCAACAAGAUAGAAGAUUAAUGGACAUAGUUGAUAAUAUAGCCACCAUCUUACCUCCCGUAAAUCGUAAUGGUACGCGAAGAGGAAGAAAUACUUUGGAAAAUACAAAUCAACAAGAUGAUGAUUCUUUUGAUGAAACAGAUGGAGAUGAAUAA